AUGAGCGGAGUCCAAGUUGCAGCAUUAAAAGAUACAGACUUGUUCAAGUCCUUGAAAGUUGGUGAACACACCUUAUCAAACAAAGUGGUUUAUCCACCAACUACCAGAAUGAGAGCUUUAAGUGACCAUACACCUUCAGAUUUGGAAUUAGAAUACUACGAGGAAAGAUCUAAGUACUCAGGCUCCUUAUUAAUUGCGGAGGCUACGUUUGUUUCUGAACAAGCAGGUUUAAAUGGCACAGUUCCGUCUACGUGGAAUUCUGAAGCUGCUGGUUAUGUUCCAGGUAUUUGGAAUGAUAAACAUGCGCAAGCGUGGAAAAAAAUUACUGACAGAGUCCAUGAAAAUGGUUCGUUCAUGUCAAGUCAGUUUUGGUUCUUAGGAAGAGUUGGUGAUCCCCAAUUAUUAAAGGAUCGUGGGCUAGACUAUGUUGCGCCUUCGGCAAUUUAUCCUGAUGAAGACUUUAAAAAGAAAGCCUUGGCAGCAGGUAACCCAAUUAGAGCUUUAACGGAGGAUGAAAUUCAUGAUCUUAUUUACAAAACAUACCCUAAUGCGGCCAGAAAAGCGAUUGCUGCUGGAUUCGAUUAUAUUGAACUUCACGCAGCUCAUGGAUAUUUGCUUGACCAGUUUUUGCAACCAACGAGUAACCAAAGAACUGAUAAAUAUGGUGGUAGUAUAGAAAACAGAGCAAGAGUCGUUUUAGAAUUGGUUGACCAUUUAACAACUGUUGUCGGUGCUAAAAAAUUAGCUAUUAGAAUAUCUCCAUGGGCGACCUUCCAAGGUAUGAAGGCGGACCAAGAUUCGACUCAUGCAGUAACCACAUUCAGUUAUUUAUUACACGAAUUGCAAAAACGUGCAGAUGAUGGAAAUGAACUUGCAUACGUAUCAAUUGUUGAACCUCGUGUCCAGGGAGGUGAUGAUGUUGAAAAGUCUCAACAGGUUGGUGAUAAUACCUUCGUUGGGCAAAUUUGGAAGGGAAUCAUCUUGAAGAGUGGAAAUUAUACUUAUGAUGCUCCUGAUUUCAAAACUUUGCUCCAUGAUAUCAGUGAUAACCGUACUAUGGUAGGUUUUUCUAGGUACUACACUUCCAACCCCGAUUUAGUCAAGAGAUUAUAUGAAGGUUGGGAUUUGACCCCGUACGAUAGACUGACUUUCUAUGGCUCAAGUAACUGGGGCUAUAACACUUUCGAUAAUUAUAAUAGGAAGCGCCAAUUUACUAAGGAUAUUGAAAGUGGUAAAUUGCCUAAAGCUAUUGAAGAAAUAGAAGUUAAAUAG